ACGACCACGUCCAAUUGCAUAGCUCACAUUCGGCGCGUGCUUCCUCCAAACUUCCACAACUGUCUUUUCCGUGUAGCGGCAUCAAGAACUAGAAUUAGAACGACGACCGCAACGACAACAACGGCGACAAGUGCGAACACAGGCACAGGCACAGGCACAGGCACAGGCACAACACGAGCACGAACCGCGAAGCGCGACCGCCACACUUGACCAACAUGGCGGCGUCGCGCAAACGGGCCAGAAUCGAGGCCGAGCGCGCCGGAGACGAAGUGCAUGCCGAGUGCAAAUAUACAAUUCAGCACCCAGAUCCCAACUGGUGGGAAAAGCGGACGGACAAGACGACAAAGCCCCCCAAGAAGCAGAGGCGCAGUAAACCGAAGCGCAGCGAAAGCGCCUCAGAAGUGUCGGGCUCUGGCUACAUACCAGAACACGACUCCAAGCUGCCCUUGCAGCUAUCGCCUUUUACGCCAAAUGGCAAGUUCUACUACGACCCGGAAAACAUCAUGGACCGCCAUUACCAGGUCGUACAUGAAGGGGGACAGAGAGACUGGGACAAACUGACUCGAUACAACAGCUUCGUUCUUCAUGGCGUCAAGUACCUCUCCGACAAUUACAUCUUCGUAGCCAACAGUGCUAGCUUGGAACAGCCCAGACCACAAAAUAACGACGAGCCGUCCAAGGUGAAAAGCAAAUCCGACGAAGCUUGGGUCGCCCGCAUUCUCGAGAUUCGCGCAUCAGAUGAACAUCAUGUCUACGCAAGAGUAUACUGGCUUUAUUGGCCAGACGAGCUUCCGCCAAAUUCCACAUAUCGAGACAAGGUUGUUUCCGGGAGGCAAGCGUAUCAUGGGCAACACGAGCUGAUUGCUUCAAACCACAUGGAUAUCAUCAACGUCGUCAGUGUGACAGCUCCCGCCACUGUAAACCAGUGGGACGAGCACGACGAGGAGCAGGUUCAACAGGCACUCUACUGGCGGCAGGCCUGGGAUGUUCGGUCCAUGGAACUCUCUUUGGUCGCGGAGCGAUGUAUCUGCAAGGAGCCAGAAAACCCGGACAAGACUUUGAUUCGUUGCAGCAACCAGCAGUGUGGCACCUGGCUUCAUGAUGACUGUCUCAUCCACCAGGCUCUAUUGGAGACCUGGGAACGCCUUGGCUCUAAUCAACCGCACAUGUCCAGCUCAGUCAAGCAGGAGAGAGACAAUGAUGCGCUCGGACGGUUGCCUAGCCCAAGUGAGACGGACAAUGCUCAUGCUACACAGCCGUCUAUCGCGGUUAAGCCGGAGGAGAACAACAUCAGUUUGGCUGAAGUUGAAAGUGUCCCCAGCUCAAAAGUCGAUCCUGAAGUCCAGGAAAUCAAAUUUGCUCCGAGAGCUUCUCAGUCCAAGAUGGGGCGUUCGAAAAAGUCGACCACACGUCGUAAACCCUAUAUUGGGCACUUCGAGGCCGUCAUAAAGAACGAAUCAGGAAACCCUCCCAUCAUGGAGAUCACAGAUGUGCGCCGUGACGUACUUGGAGGUGAGAGUAAAUGGAAAGAACCUGUCAAUUGUCUCAAAUGCCACGAUCCCAUCCGAUAAGGCAGGGCUGUUGGCACAAUUGAGGAUGCAAAGGCAUUUAUAAUUUCCAUCUCCACAAUUUUCAUCGCAGACCAAAUGGCCUGCGCAUGCGUAUGCUUAAUCUUAGAGCCAGCCAUGAGCUUGAUUUAUUGCAACUGCUACUCAGUUUUACUUGUUAU